AUGCGCUUCAGUCUCGUUCUCCCGCUUGCUCUGCUGGGUCUCACAUCCACAGUUGCCGCGGCGCCUCCUCAACCCCCCCGAGACAACAACGAGGACUUUUCGCCGGCGCUGGUCAAGCGUGAGGACACCAAGUACUUCCACGAGCCCUGCUGUGGAGAAGAGUUGGGGCACUACGACAUUCGCUACUUCAAGGAAGCUGUAGGCUACGAUGACCACCGAAUCGUCUUGCGCAACCUCAUCCGCUCUUACCUGACCGUCACCAAGAAGCUCAAGGUCGAGACGUGGCUCGCGCACGGCACUUUGCUGGGCUGGUGGUGGAACGGCAAGAUCAUGCCAUGGGACUACGACCUUGAUGUCCAGGUCUCGACGGCGACUCUGUACUGGAUGGGCCAGAACCUCAACCGUACCGAGCACGACUACGACUGGACCGACAAGGACGGCAACGCUAAGACGGAGCGCUACCUCCUCGAUGUCAACCCCCACGGCACCGACAAGGACCGCGGCGACGGCCAGAAUAUCAUCGACGCCCGCUGGAUCAACAUGGCCAACGGCGCAUUCAUCGACAUCACCGGACUCGCCGAGCGCGAUCCCGACAACUCGCCGGGUGUCUGGAGUUGUAAGAACUACCACCGCUACCGAACCACCGACCUCUUCCCCAUGCGUGAGACCGAGUUCGAGGGCGUCCCUGCCACCAUCCCCUACAGCUUCGAGCGCAUCCUGUCCGACGAGUACGGCAGCAAGAGCCUGGUGACCACCGAGUGGCUUGGACACAAGUGGGAGCCCGAACAGAAGGAAUGGAUCAAAGUGCCCGAGUCUGACGACCAAAAGACGCAGCAGUAG